CGUGCACGAGGAGCGGGGGGCGUGCGGUGUUGACGGACUGAAGAGGCAUUAUGUCCGACACAGCCGCUGCGCAGCUGAACAACAAUGAAAAACCGGGACUCAACGGGUCCUGGGUGGAGCUGGAGAUGAAUGGAAACACUCAGCAGCAGACCCCCAGCUUGCCCUCGCUGCUGGGGAACGGGAACCAAGGCGAGUCCCAGGCCUCACAGGCCCUGGAGGCCGUGCAGGAGGAAGAGGAGGUUCUAACAGGAGGACUGGAACACGUGCCUUCCUCCUCCUCUAUCCAUAAUGGAGACAUGGAGAAAAUCCUACUGGACGCCCAGCACGAGUCCAGCCCCAGCAGCUCGUCCUGUCACAGCCCACCACGACCACACAGUCCUGACCAGGAUGAGGGGCAGAUCAUGUUUGAUGUGGAGAUGCCCAGCGAGAGAGACAGUCAGUCAGAAGAUGAUAGUCUGGAGAAGGACACAGAGGAUGAUAUCCUCAUGAAUAAAGAGGAGAGUUGGGUGGCAGACUGGUCCAGUCGACCAGAGAACAUCCCCCCAAAGGAAUUCCACUUCCGGCACCCAAAGCGUUCUGGGUCGGUGUCUCUGAGCAUGAGAAAGACAGGUGCUAUGAAGAAAGGUGGUGUGUUCUCCGCUGAGUUCCUCAAAGUGUUCAUGCCCUCGCUGCUGCUCACCCACAUCCUGGCUCUGGGACUGGGGGUCUACAUCGGGAAGAGGUUGACUACACCCUCCACCAGCUCAUUUUAAACCUGAACAGACCCCAGUGCCUGGAUGCCCCAUCAUGAGCAAUGGUGGCACAGCAGUGGCCAAUCAUGUGAUGAUCCCUCGCUCUCUCUUUCCCUCAUUCUCUCCCCCUUUCUGUCUUUCUCUUUAUUGUGUCUUUGAGCCCACAGUCCUGAUUUCCCAUCACACCCUCUGCUGGGAGACAUUAUGCUUGUUGACCUUUCUUUGGCUGUGUCGCAAUUUCUUGCCCUCUAACGCUGUGGCUUACUAACAUGUUUUAGAUGUUUUUAUUUGAACAUGUAGUGAAUUAUUCACUGACGUUUAUUUUUCAUGACACACUAUUACAUGAGAUAGAGCCCCAGUACAACCACAGCCAUAUUACCCUUUUAUUUUUUGCAUGACGCACUUCAUAUGCAACUAAUAGAGAGUCUAGAUAUGGCGGGGAAUCUUGGGAAUAUAUUAACUCUUAAUAAGAAAUUAAGUUUGUUCAAAAAUGAGGGUCGUGAUAUUUUUUUCUAGAGAAGAUAUUCUAGAGAGAUGAUUUUGCUCACUAUGCUGCGCAAUUGAAUUCAUUCAUGUCCCUUAGUGAAAGACAGCAUCAAAAAUGCAUGUUAGUCAGAGGAGAACGAGGACUGUUUAAAGACAGACCAAGUCAUUCUUUACAUAUGAUAGUGCACUUGCUGCAUUGCGUUGGACUGUUACGAUAUACUGCGUAGAAUGUAAACCUUUAGAGGUUCCUCUCGGUUCUGUUUUAGGCCAUUUUUUGUUUGCUCUUCUGUAAAGAUCCAAUACGACAGGCACAAAACUGAAGCAUCACUUUAUAGCUGCUUCAUAGUAGUAUUAAAAUAUAUAAGUAAUUCACAAAUUUACAUUAACAAUACAUGUUUUUUUAAUCGAAAGACCUUAAGCUAAAGAGAUCAGCAUGGACGUACAUCUGUUUAAGAGCCAAACUGGCCGGGUUAGUUUGUGAAUUACUAGUGAAGGUUAGCGCACACAAACUCACAUGCUCUGGCUUGCCUUGAUGCAUAUCCUGCUUGCAGCAGUUUUUGACUGUGUAUCUUAGUGCCAAAGGGUUUCCACUGCCAACCCAACAUGAGUCGCUUGCUCUUCACUUAGACUCAUUAAUGAUCCUCUCAUUCACUCUGUUUUGACAACACCUUACAAAGGCCUUUGGUUUUACUGUGAACAGCCUGUGGAUGUUAGGCAUAGUGUUGAUAUAGUUGUGUAUUAUACGCUGUUGUGCGUACUUUUGUCUAACAGAUCCACACUCCUUCUACAUAUUUAUAUGCAAUGUGGUGUAGUUUUACAGAUAAAAUGGCUUUAACAGGUUAGGAAAUUUGUCACGAACAUGUCCAGGUCAUAUUUCAUCCCAUCUGAGUGAUUAUAUUUUCAUUUAUAAAGAAUUAAGCCAAGUUUAAAACCAUUAAAACAUCUGAGGCAUUAUUUUCAUAACAAUAAAGCACAGUUUUUCAUUACCAUGAUUUAAAAAAGUUAUUUAUAUUUAAACAUAUUUAUACAUCAUGGUUAAGUUGGUUGCACUGUCCUUGAAUUUAUAUAGCUUUUGAUUUAAAAUAAAAUAAAUCAAAUUAAAUCAGUAAUUUUCAAAUUGUAAAAUACAAUUGUUUAAAAAAAACAUGCAAAACUAUUUGUAGUUUACAAAACUCAAGUAUUUUAAGAAAUUAUAUGUAAUUGUAUUUAUUAUUAUUAUUUUAUUUUUGGGUAAAAGAAAACCUGGAUAAUUCACCCGCACAGUAUCGAGUAACACUUCUACUAACCAAACUGUUUCAUACAAAAAACUAACAGUUAAAUAAUAGUCCAGCGCUACCCAAACCGGUUAACAGGUCACCCUUUGCAUUAAGGCCGUCUGUGUCAUUGUGCCACACUUUGCUUUUUUUCCUCUGUUUUCAUGCUUUCUUUCUCUCUCAGAGGGGGAGUGGAAAUACAAGAGGCCAAUUAAGUGUCGCUUCAACCGUGCCUCGACUUUUACUUGCACCUUUUCUGAGCCCCAUUGCAUGUGUGUGUUCAGAGAAUUUACAUCAGGACGUGACGGAGAUGAAGUGUUCCCCUGUGUGGGGCAGAAUGAGAACUGUGAAUGGAAUAGAUGUAGCUCUUGUCAGAAAAGUUAAACUAGGCCUGCCUGGUCUGUGUCAGGUAGGAUCACCAAACGAGAUGUUUUACGCACAUUGAUGUUUUUCUUCUCUGUCAUAUCUCUUUUUGUUGUUUUAAAAAUAAAUUUUUGCUUUAAUCAUGAGUGUGGAUACUGGAGGGCGGGGCCCUUGUGAUUGACAGCUCCACCAUGUGUUUCGUUUGAAUUCCAGUAGCGACUGGAGUGAUGAAGCAAUGAACAUGUAGUUUCUUGUAUUUCGCUGGUAUUGGAGGAAAAGUGAACUCAUAUUAAAAUACAACCUGACAUUCA